AUGGAUUUACGCAUUUGCGAGGCACUAGGACAUCGCUCACAACACGAUGUCUCAACGAGUAAAGAACAACUGUCAAAAACCGAGAGCAUGGACACAGUACGUAUUGACGUGUUACGUCAACCAACAACAACAACCGACAUAUAG